GCGUAAAAGCGAGUCAACAUCUUAAGGCGGCCACGGUGUGCAGGCUACUUGCAAGAGGAUAAGCUAAUCUAACAACCAAACCAAAAAAAAAAAAGAUCAGAAAAGUAAAGGACCGUAAUGGAAGAGACACAGUACAGCCCAGCGCGAUACAGAAAGGAUCGAUGUGUGUUCGAUCCGUUCGAUGAUCCCUGUGAUAAGCGAUCGAAAAGACGAAAUUAUGAGGCGCAAUUUUAGCAACCGUACGCUAAGAUUGUAACACUGGCGAAGGUUGCGAGACGAUGCUCUAGAUGAUAGGAAUGUAAGUAAUCAUUAACUCUCCUACCUAACAAAGAAAAACACCUUGCAGCCACUAGUACUACGAUUACUACUACUACUACUACCUACUACUGUCCUUAAAAAAAACUAAACAAUUACUGCGAAGAAAUUAUGGCGAUCGCGUUACGCUGCGUUACGAGCAGACAGGGUAGCGGGUAGUGUAACGCUGCGCAAAGGCAAGCAGCGCGCUAGCUAAAGCAUACUAGUUGAUCACUUUUUACCAAAAUGUGCCCUAAACGGAGUGAUGAUCUGCUGUUGGAGGUGAAGGUGAACAAGCAAAACGAGCGUCAGAGCGUCCUGAAGAGCUGGCAAACUUCAACCCGAUCAUCACUCUACCUAGUUUCCAAUUUUGUGUUUAACAAACAAACAAACGGUUAAACGACAAGCAAAACGACGAACAACCGUUUUUAUUCCCCACUCAUUCACCAACAACCAAAAGGGACAUUCAAUCAUUCUUUACAUCCCGUUUUUAAAACUUACCAUCAUUUUUAAUCCAACAAUCUGAGAUAUAAAGCAAAACGGCAUAAAAGCAGGCAAACAGGGCACACAUGAAUAUCACAAGAUCGAAUGGCAACACUAUGUGAUUAGGGUUUCAUCACUGCAGAGCGCAAGGAAAACAACAAAGAAAAUGGACGCAUUGCUUUGCAGUAAGCCGUUGCCGUUCAAUACUGCUGCGUUAAGCCCUGGUUCGAUGCCUCACAUCAGCUAAAACCGAACGCAAGAAAGGAAAACAAAGCGCAACAUUAGCAGUUAAAAACUAAAAAUGAAACGAUUUGAAACAAAAUGUGAGCAAUAAGACACAAUUACAUUAACACACAUAGAGAGAAAAAAAAUCAACACUGAGAUAGAGGCAAAGACGGAGGAAAGAGGGAAACAGCAACACUAGCACCGACCGGAGGAGAAGUAAAAAACGAAACACUGACACAGACAAAAAAACUUUGUAAAUGAAAAUAUCCAUGCAUAUCAAGAUUUUGAAUCGACAUUUAAGAAACGAGAUACAUUUACUAGCCAGGAUAGAAGGGAAGAGGAUCGUUCGUUACGCGAGACAUAGCAAGAGAGAAAUGAAAACACAACAACAAACCACGUGCACGCGAGUGUAGCGUAUUUAGCAAUUUUAAAAAAUCGAAUAUAUCGGGGAGAUCUGGAAAAGGGAUUUAGGUAAUCAUAUAAUUAUAUCUAUAUACAUAUAUACGACCGGAUACGUGUCUGUUUCGAAGCAAUCCUAGCGUGUCUCUAAAAAGACAGAUUUUUAUAGACGAAAAAUUGACCCCGCACACGCGUGUGAUGUGUGCCGCCAUAUUACUGGCGCUGCUGGGCUGGUGUGUUUACGUUCCGGUGCUGCCGGAUUUUUGCCUGUUUCACUUGUUUCCAUCCACCCAUUCCGGGAGAAGAGAUCAGGAAACCACCCUCGAUCAAUGUUGGUUAGGUUUUGUUGUGGUCAAGAACAUCUUUUGCAAUACUUUUGCCUUAUGUAUCGAAUUUGAGUAACACCCAUCAAAAAGUGUCACCGAUAUCGUUCUUUGGAAGAGAGCCUCUGACCCUAGAGAGGAAGAAUAGAAGUAGAAAAAAAAACAUUAAACCCGACCCGGAGAAAUGAUCUAGCUGCGUGUGAUUAAAAUUAUGUGUUGCUGUACAGUGUGCAAACAAAAAGAACAUGUCUUGUUGUUCAUCGUAGUUUAUUAGCUGCAUAACGAUUACGGAGCGAAAGUCAUACGAGCCCGUUGCUAACCAGCCGCACAAGCGUUAUGCAAUGAAAAGCUAAAAAGGAGAAAAAAUACAGAAGGAAAAGUAAAUUUUAAUUAGGAAAAAUCAUUCAGAGAAGAAAAAUCACAAGAACAGCAAUAGUUACCUAAAAAGAAGAAAAAAACCAAAGAAUCUAAAACAACUCGGAUUGAGCACACAGAAGAGUGAAAGAAAGAGAGAGAGAGAGAGAGAGAGAGAGAGAGAGAGAAAAUGCUUUCUUAAAUACCAAAGAGAUACAUUGUGCGGCGAUAGGUUAGUAACAAAGAAUGCAAAAAGAGCUCCACAGAAAAGACAGUACUGAUUUUCGCUCCUAUUAACAAAAAAACCAAACGCAGCAAAGCAAGUAAUCGAUCGACAAGAAGCAGCAGAAAAAAACUGAAGAAGUGAAACAAUGCAUAGCAAUAAGUAGUGAAACUUUGAUGUUUGAUUUUCUUUUUAAAUUAUUCUAAUUAUACCUUUAUUACGACCGUAAUUGUCUCUAAUGAAAUAAUGUGCGGGGGGGACAAGAAGAAAAACACACCCCCGUAAGCAUAGAACUGUAGCGUGUAAGUAAACUCAAUUAAUCCAAAAACAAAACGAAGCAAACACGAACAAGCUUAACGAAACCAUUGAACUAGUGAAAGAUGCAGAAAGAUUAGAGCGAGUGAAAGAAGCGAUUGGGAAAGGGAAUGGGGAGAGGAGAGUUUGGGAGAAGGUUUGAUGGGGGGGAGGGGGGAUAAAGAAGAGAAGAGAAGAGACCCAAAGCGAAAGGGCUAAAAGGGCAAGGCAAGAUAAGGGAAAGCGACAAAAGCAGAAGCAUAAUCAUUCCGUCCAAUUCAAUGUGUGUAGUUAAGACUUGGGAUAGGCGUUUGGCCGCAAAUCGCCGCAAAAAAGCCGACAAUCUGGGCCAGUUUUGAGCGUACCGAAUGGGCAUACCGAGGUGGAGAUUCUCGCGAUAUCCAUCCACUAGAGCAGAUGGAUAGCGGACCUCGAGAGCAUUUUUCGAUUGGAUUCUCAGGAUCUCCGGAUGCCCUGGGGUGCUUGUCAACAUGUGGGAACUACUGCAAAUCAUACAUAUCAACAUAUUUUUAUUUGGAUCUAUCGUAAGGACGAACGCAACAUACGAAAGCAGCUAGCGAAGCGUGUUUUUUCUCUCUUAGCGUAGCAGUUGAACUAGAACAUUGCGAGAUGCGGAGAGCGACAACCGACGACCCGUCGGGAAGUUCUCCCCUCGCACAGGCUAACAUAUACAUUGGUACAUAUAUAGGUAUACACGCUAACAUAUUCGUUAGUGAAUCGAUAAGUGCAUCUUUAGCCGACAUCCCUACCCGAACAGCUGGUAGUUACUGUAAGUUUUUGUUAUCAUUUUUCCCUGUUUCCGUUUUGAACCCGCAAGUGAUCGAAUCCGGGCCGUUCGCUUCUGCGCAAUGAACGCCCAGCUUACGUCACGCUUCAAGCGCUUCAAUCUGACCGUUAGAGCUUCGACCAAAGCGCUUUUUGCAGCGCUUCACUUGUUCAUGUGUUAGCACAUCUUAAGACGAGACCGAACGCGAACGAACGGGGAACCAGCGUUUCCUAGGUUCGUACGAGACGGUCCUCCAAACACGAAAUGCCUUUCACUAGCGUUAGUUUUUGUUCUCGAUAAGAAGAAGCGUUACGUUUUUACGUUCUAUAAGGCUAUUCCUGUUUCGCCCGGAAAGGUAGACUUUGUUCAGAUUUUCUUUUUUUCGUCUAUCCUCCCAACCGGGUUUGACCGGGUGGAUCCUGGUCCGGUGGUUUUUAUUCUGGCGAUCCCGGAGUCCCCGAUGAGCGUAGCAUGUAAGUGUAGUAAGCCAGAACAUUAAUCGUUGCGAAGCGUGUACGUGUAGUCGAUGUCGAGUGUGCAUCUGUGUGUGUGUGAGUGUGUUUGUGUGUGAGUUUUUAUGUGUGAGUGUGGCAGCAAAAGACACAUUUAUCCUUAUUAAACGAAAGGAGAGAGCAACGCUAGCUUCGGUUUGGUUUUGAAAGUUUCGUUUUAUCACACCAAAACAAGAGCCCGUUUUCACUAACUAACGCUAGCCCAGCUACAGCAGCAACAGUAUGGUGGAAAGCAAAUGGGAUAAAAAUGUCACCCAAAAAAAUGGGACAGCUUUACAAAAAAGGGCUAAGAUAACAGCAGCAAACAUCUAGAAAUGUGUCUUGCCUUGAUGGAAAACAAAUCGAACCCAGCAGAAAGCGGGUCGAUAGGCCGAAACAAUGCAAACACAACACACGACAUCUGCAAAACGAGCAUCUGCAUCGAGCUACCGGGUGAAUGAGCUUCGCAGCUUGGCGCAGAUUGACUAAAACCGUACAGUAGGAAAGUAGACGUUUGUAACGAUUAAUGACAAAACAAAAGAGUAACAAAAAUUCUAGACGAGUAUGUUAUAUGAUAAAAACAACAACAACAAUGCUAAAUGAUACAACAGCAACCAAAACAAAGAUGAAACAAUUCACACAUAUCAAUUUCGUGCCCGAUCAUAUUUGAACGAACCCAGUAGGAGAAGAUAAAGAAAAAACGAACCCCUUUAAGCUAACCGGUGGAGGCAGAUUCUUAUUAGCAAGGUAACAGCAAAACAAAGAAGAAGAAAAAACAACAUAUAUAGUGAAUUAGUGAGCAGUAAAAUUCUAUGGAAAAGCAACUAUAAAGGUGUAACAAGAAAAAUACCAAACAAGAACAGAGCAUACGCAACGCAGCAAAGCCAGCGGAAUGAAAAAAAGCAAAACAAACAAAAACACAUUUUAGAAUAGUAAACGUAUGAAGAUGUUGUAAUGCAGUGAUGUGUCGUGUGGUAAACAAAACAAGAAAACAAAAACAUUUAUAUUCGAAAGUAUGGUAAACUGAAAGCAAAACAAAAAAGCAAAUAUGCAGAAGUAAAAUUUUAUUCGUAGCUAAACAGUGAGCAAAUCUAGCAAAAAAAGAGGAAAACCGAAUCCCCGGCACAUGAUCGACCUGGCUAUGGAUGUGUAUUGAGUGAGUUUAAUUAUAAGUCUUAUUUAACGUUCGCUUUUCAUUACUUUUCCCUUUACUUUACUGGUGGCGAUAUGAAGGAGAUCCUUUUGAAUGGCGGUGUGUGUAUGGGUGUGGGUGUUUAGUAUGAAAUUUUCCAAUCGAAAAAUGUGCAGAGGGCCGGAAAAACCAACAAACAAGACUUGACUCGACCGAGGUAAUGCGGAAAUGCGAAAGACUAACUUUUAUCCCUCCCCCACACCAGGUGGCGUUGGUGAAUAACGAAUGAAAAUGAUUCUGACAAUCAAAUCUCACACACACACACACACUCACCUUUUCAAUUUGUGCACAUCAAAUCAAACAAACGAUAUGAAAAAAACACUUUAUCCCACACAAAUGAGAAAAGAGAUGGCACGCAAAAUUACAUCGGCAGCCUAUCGAUAGGUGGAGCAUAGCAUCAGCAGUAAGAACGAUCAUAAGGAAGAGGGAAAUAAUUUUCAAAACUGAACACCACACACAUACGGCGCCCAAAUUAAAAGGAUCGAGGAAGAAAACAAGCGAUCUAAGGUCGUAAAACAAUUGUCUACAUUUUUAAAACAGCCGACGAUUUGAAUAACCACAUAAGAGUUAGAUUGCUUCAUUUGUUUGAUAUUUCAAAGCCGUUCGUUGUUUUAAACAUUAGGACACUUGUGUUUAUGACCUGCAAAAAAUACUGCAACAUACGCCAUCAGUGAAAAGUCGCUUUAUUUUUCCGACUAAAGUAGUAUGUGUUUCUAUUUCCAAAAGAAUUUUUUGAUCCUUCAGUUAAUUAUUUAAAAAAUAAUCCUACAAGAAAUCUUCUGUUAACACUACUUUUUUCUCGUGUUCGUAGGACGAUAGAAUGGAAACGGAUUAACCAAAGAAUUGUACUGUGCAUUGUGCGCGAUUAAAUUAUUCCUUCUUUUAUUUAUUUACUGUCCACCUAGAGCUCCUUUUUUUGUCUUAUGUUUUUCCUCCCCACUUGAGGGAUAUUUUAUUUAUUUGUCCUUCAUUUUCUUUUCGUUUUCAAAUGAAUUUGUAAUUCUGCUACAUUAAAAAAGGUCCAUUCCAUUUAUGUUCGUGUCGUAGUGUAUUGGUUAAAUAAUAUUUAUUACUUACGCACCAUGCCCGGCUAGGAUCCAAGGGCGUGUGUUUGCUUAGGAAUAGUUUCGUUACAUUUAUAGAUAUGCGUUGCAGAAACUGUUUUUGCUUUAACCAAUUCAACCAGCCCCAUAGCAGGUCCUCCCUUCAUGCGCGGGGAACACGAUCGCGAAAAGAGGACGCUAGACAAAGGCAUCAAGAAAGGAUGAAACACGGAAACAUAAGAGUAAAAUAACAACCAUACUAUGCAUACAGUGAACAACAAAAACAAAAUUAUAUAUACAAGUAAAUAUAUAUAUAUACACUUAUUUAGAUAUAUACUAUGUAGUACAAUCGAGUGUAAUGGUAAAUCUAGCAAAAUGAUGAAGACAAGACAAGAUGCAAAACAACACGUUUAACAAGGCAAACCAGCUAACAGGCAAAGCAAAAUAACGCUCGGAACAACUUACAUUUUUUUUUUUUUUGUUGACGAGAUUGUUGUACAGUUUUCGGACUAACACCCAUUUUCCUACAAGAAAAAAAGAAGAAAGCAACAAGCAAGAAACAGCUUGGCAAAUUUUAAUCUUAUCGUAACUACAAAACCAGAAUUGCUAACAACAGCUAAAUUUAAAAAAUGGAAAUACAAAAUAGGUGAAAACUCUGGUAUCGCAACUCAAGCAUAAGAUAAUACAAACAGCAACAACAAAUACACAACAAAACCCCCCACGUUACAAUGUUAUCUAUCUAUUGCAAAACCAAACUCUUAAGGAAAAAACCGAGUGUAGAAGAGAAAAUCAUCACAUCACAAUGGUUGGUCCCGUGUGCUGAGAGCUGGCUGAAUUUUAUGCGUUUUACUAACCUUAUUACAUCCGCCUAAGCGUGGAUAGAAGAUAGAGGAGCAGAGAAAAAGCAAAGCGGGAAACGAUAAGAGAAGAUAAUAGAGCAAAGUCACUUGUUUUGUUCAUACACGUACACAGAUUUGAUAUAGGGAAAUUUCUAGGACGAAAGCAGCCGAAGCAGCUAGCUUAGCAGUUGGACCCUGCGCUAGUGAAGUAGCAUGUUGAGCGUGGAAAACCCUGGACCUGAAGAGAAGAAAAAAACAGACCGAUGGCUUUCAGUGGAGCUCUAGAGAAAGUAAUAAUAAAUAACCAGGAUAUAAGAAGCAGUGUCCCAAAGUCAAGUAAUGAACCCGAAACUACAACAUCAAGCAAGAGAAAACAGAAAGGAAUAAACCAACACAAAAAGAAUGAAUGAAAAAGGAUAAAGCAAGAGCAAGAAGAAAAAAGACAGAAACGACAAACAAGAGAACAAACAAACGCACGCAUUAAAACACACACACAUCGAAUCGAAAUCAAUCGAAAAACAAGCACCGAACAACAGUCGGUAAGCAAUAGUAGCAGCACACGUGCACUUUCUCUCUCUCUCUCUCUCUCUCUUUUAGAGCACCGCAAGCAGUAAAAUGCAAAACCGAAUGCCUCCAUUACGACCUAAACCUUUUUGUUCGACGCACGAUUUUUUUCUGGCACGUUCGAUGGCGCACGAUCACCCGACACACCCACGAGCAAAACCAAAAGGGCAAAACCCUUCCAUCUAAUGGCGCACGUAAGAACCGUUGACAGCUUAGGCUUAAGCUUACCAAGCUUUGGUUCUUGAUGCAUCUCUAUCUCUCUCACUCUCUCUGCCUUAUUCUGUUUACGCUAAAUUGGCAACCUUAAUUGAUCACACACACACACAUUUGUUCUAUUCUCGAAUGCACAACUCCUCUGUCACCGUUAAGGGAUCUUUCGACCGAGAUCUCCAAAGCCAGGCGGAUCAAAUGUCUUAAAACAACAGCUUGUUCAUGCCACUCACGUCCUUACGUUUACUCAGUAGUGGAGGAUCUUUAGUGCACCCACAAUCACCUACCCCGCCCCACUGUAUCGCACGUUUGGUUUUUUCCAACCCACGGCAGACACCAACAAGUACGGGCAAAUCUAAGAACUACAAACCCACCUCAUCUUCGUACGGAAACGAAUGCAGUAAAAGUUCUUUAUUAGUGCACAAAAAUCACCUUCUUAGUCAAAUGUUUUAGUCACCUUCUCUCUCUCUCACACACACACACAAUUACACCAUCUCACAUUUUUUUAUGUUUGUUUUCUUUUCUUGUUAAGGUUUUUUUUUAUAUUUGUUUUUUCUUUCAACCAAGCCAGCUGCACUUUUUAUGGCAGUUAUGUUUGGCAACUGUUUGAUUCAACCUCUAGCUCAGAAGUUUUGGGGUUGAAAAUUUUGUUCCAUCUCAACUCAACCGAAUUGCACAAAAAACAACCCCCUCACAUCUAAAGCGAUAAGCCGAUUAUGGUACAAUAAAGUAAAGUAACAAAAAAAAACGAAAGCAAUAAUUAACGUUACGGCGUAGCGGCGAGGUUUCGGAAACGUUUAGCGACUAGGUUUCUCCAUGUCGAUGUGGCCACUGCUCUGUCCUGCAGGGCGGCGGGAUCCACCCACCAAAACUGCUCACGAUAGCGGACGCUGUAUGCUUCCUUUUUGUCGAAGCAAUUCAUCGAAGCUAGCGGACUCAAGAUGGUUGGAAAUGGGGCAACUUCGAUUGAUCGGGAUGCCUCAUUUUCUUCUUAAGCGUGUAUGUGUGUAGACGGAACAUUGUUGUUUCCUUGAUGUGUACCACUUAUUUAUUAGUACAAUUUGCCAGCGCAAGUGUUUCUCUUUUUUAAAGCAAUUUACAUCAUUUUACACAUUUGUUAGUAACAAAUUUGCAUACUGAUUUUUAUCGAACUUUUAUACAUCCCCGACAAGGACGCGUAAGUCAUUUCAUCCAUUUACUAAAUACCAAAGUGAAGCCCAUUUGUGCCGUUUGUUUUUUACACUAUUUUUAAUCUAUAAUCUAACACGUCAACCCUAGUGCCCCGAUAGGUUGAACGAUUGAUUCGAACAGGUUUCACCACCACAAAGAUACCUCCCACAUUGUUCGAUCGCUGUGUGCCGAUUGACGCAUGUCCGGCAGUCGGGGAAGAAAAACAUAUGGGAUUUUUAUUUAACUCACCCAACUCUUCGCAUUAUUGUGAUUGUAACGUGUUUUUUUGUUUGAUUUUCCCUCACUUGAUUGAUGUGCACUAGUAGAGUAUCUUUUUAUGGUUUGUUUUUUGUUCUGUUUUCAUAUAUUAAGCAAACGCUUCACACUUCUCAACCACAGUAUGGGAAUAGUGUAUUGCGUGCAUGCAAAAUAAGGGUAAAAGGUGAAAAGAAAAUAUAUAAAACCAAAAAAAAGCGUAAGAAGAAACCAUUAUUACACCACUGUAAACUAGGGUGAACGUGUGAAAGCAGACAGAAAGGAUACAAUAUGAAAAAACGAAAUGCGAUAUUUGGGGAUGGGGAUUAAACAAUGGGGAAAAGUGGGUAGGGCAAACAUAAUACUGUAAGGGGCAGACAAGGAAAGGAAACAAAACUAGACAGAUAGAAGGAAACCGAACAUGGCAAUGGCGUGGUGAGCGUGAGUAGUGAGGAAUGUGAAAAACCAAAAAUUAUUAAAUGCAAGCACAUAGCAAGAAGGAACAGCGCACCAUUUGUAAGGCGUUUUUAAAGUAUAGUUUUAGGAUGUUAAACAAAACGCAUAAGAUAUGUACUUUUUUCCCGUGUCGUUCACUUUCUAUAAAUGUUCCUUCGGUUUCGGAUAAGUUCUCGCAUGUUGAGGAAAAAAAAACCCAUACGUUCGCUCCACAUCGUUCGUUCAUAGCUAAAGAAAAGAGGAAAAAAAGACAAAGCAAAUUGCAUAAAUUAAAAGCAUGAAUAAUGAAACAAUACAAAACAUCAAACAAAACAAACCCAACAAAAAAAAAACAAACAAACUGUUCUGAAUUGUUCAACACUUUACACUUUGUAAAGCUGUCUCUUCUUUUUUCUCUUAUUCCUUUUUUUAUAUUUUUUCCUAUUUUUUCCUACAUUUCCUUCUUAACUUAACUUUUUCGUCCCUUUCCUUAACAUCUACCACCAUCUUCAGCUCAUCUUGUUGUUGCUGAGUGACGCUCACUGCUGCAAACUAUCAAACAAUUCAGAACAGGAAUGGCCUUAAAAAACGAUUUUUUAAAAAUACAAGAACGAAAACAAAAACAAGACAACAAAUUAUCGAAAACAAGUGGACGAAGUCAAUCUAUUAUAUACUGAGAAAAACAUUAUUAACAAAUGAGAUACAUAACAGUAAUAAUACAUUAGCGGUUCAGAUUUAGAAAGCAAACAGAAACAAGAGGAGAAUCUAUAGGAGGAUAGCGAAGACGGUAAACCAAUCUAGCGUGGCUAAGGAUCUGUUAACGGUUGAUUCGUCUCGUACGUCUGUAUGUGUUCCGUUCCGUACAAGGAACCGAGGAACGGCGCCGUGGAAAUAACGCAUCAAUCAACGAGGAGGCAUAAGAACAAGACAUGUUGUACAAUUUAAUCAUCUUUGUAAAGAGACUACACGGGGUGAGCGGGGUGGACGGCCGGGACAGGGGGCAGAGGAGACGCGCCGUAGAAUGAAUAAGCAAAUGUGUGUGAUUAAGAACAUUAUUUAGCAUUACUGAUAAAUCUAAAGACAAACAAAAAACAAACAAGUGCGCCGCCAUGUUUGUGCGUGCGUAUGUGUGAAAUUUGUGUGUGUGUGUGCAUCUAGUAAAAGAGAAAAAGUGAGAAGAUAGCAGCAAAAAAAAAACAAAGACACAACAUCAACCCAAAAAUGGAAACCAAAACACAACCGCAAACCGAACACAGCAAACAGAAAAAGUAAUUGUUUAAUUAUAUUAAUAUAUAUACAUAUAUAUAUUAGGCUAAUUCAUUCUGAUCGUGUGCCGUGUGACGCGAUGUUCAUCUUUUAGUUUGCCACACGUUUUAAGCGAUUUGAAAGUGUUGGUUGGAGAGCUGUGUAUGUGUGCGAGUAUGUGUGCUGAUCGGCCGAUUGAACGUGCAGAAAUUAUCGCGAGCAAAGCUAUCACGAUUCUUAAAUUCUUCUUAAGCAAACCCAUCUUACUUGUGUUGGUGUACAAUUGCAUCAAACGUCUUUCAAGUGAUCGUUUAUUUAAAACAAAAAGCUCCCUCCCAAAGCUUUGGCUCUUGUUUACCACAUCCAUCAAACCAGACGGUGCUGCAUAGAAAGUGCAUCGGAACGCUACGCCCUAAUGCAUCUGGAACAUACCGCGUGUGUGGUUAUCUGUAAACCUGUUCACUUCAUGUACCGAAUGUUAAAACAAUAACUAAACUCGACUGGAUUGCUCCACAGUAAGCGAAGAUCGCACGAAAAAAAAACACAAGGCGUUGCAUUCAACUGGGACAGAGAGCGUAGGCACAGGAACGAGCACUGUACUAACAAGCGGCUAACAACAGCAACAACACUAUCGUAAAAAGCGCUAGAUAUAUAAUAUAACAUUGUAUAGGGUCCAAAGAAGGGAAAGGCAAACCAGGAGGACGCGGUGAAAGAAAGGGUAGAGCACAGUAAAACCGUUAGCAAUCGGUACAGGUGUUAGAGCGGCAUGGUAACGGCAUGAAACAAAACAAUACAAACAAUGGAAUCGAUACAAAGAUGACGAUGAUGAUGAUGAUGGAAACAUUGAAACAGUAAAUAAAACAGUAAACUAAUUAUGGAAUAACUUUA